GGGUACGCAUCAACACAUGUUAAUGCACGUGCAAGUUAAUUUCAAUAAAACAGUUGUUAAUAGAGUUAGCUUUUGUCAACAACAGUUUGACGAUGUCUACGUGUCAGCCGAAUGGCCAUGAUGGUCAAAACGCACAGGAGAAUGAGUCAAGCGGACACGCAAACGAAGAGGAUACCGGAGUUGAACUACCUCCUCCAAUAGUAACAAGAACACGUAGCGGCCGCAGAGUUCGGACACCAGCCGCUCUCCUGGACUCAGAGAUGCCGACUCUGAGGACUCCUAGUCGCCGUACGAGAAAGUCAGUUAUCCAAGAGGUACCCUCAGAAAACGCGCAGAGUACUCUAGAGGCACAACACGAGGCAGCAGACACACAUGCGGUCAUCGAAUGCCCUUUAAAAGCAGAUUCUCCCAGUCCGAUAGAGGACCCAUGCCCGAAUCCUGAAGUAUCGGUGUGUACUGUCAUCAGUAAAUCAGCAACAACUGCAAAUAGUCAGUCACUUAUCUCCUCAGUGACGGACACUGAAACUCGUUUAAUUUCAGAUGAGGUAAGCGAGAAGGAGAACCAAGGAAACACAACAGAGAAGUCAGUCUCUGUCGUCUCUGCAAAACAGGCUAGAAAGAGGACUCACUCGGAAUCUUGCGAUAAAAAGGACCAGAUGGUCCCUCUUGGAAAACCAAAAUCGGGGCGCAUUUGGAAAGAUCGAAACAAGCAAAGGUUCUCUGCUCUGCUGAGAGACAAGCCUCUACGCACGUCAUGGGAGAAGAAGAUGGAGGUCAGACGGGAGAAGGAACUGCUGAAGAAAUAUCAACAGAAGCUGAAUGAGGAGAAGGCCAGAGAGAAGGAGGAGAAGAAGAGGAGGAGAGCAGAAAACAUAAAGAGGCGAGCAGAAAAUGAGAGGAAGGCGGAGAUAGUGCAAGUGAUUCGGAACACAGCGAAAAUCAAGAGGAUAAAGAAGAAGCAGCUGCGGAAGAUCGAGAAGAGGGACACGCUGCCGAUGCUGCAGAAAUCAGCGCCCGUUAACAGAACAGCAUCAGGGAAAGCAGGGAAGGGAGAGUAGUCUGGACGUCCUCAGAUCUCUCCGUGCACCGCUCACAGACCGAGAGAGGCUACGGUGAACCGGUCCACGCGUCGAGUGUAGACUGCACAUGACCAAGUGUCCUUACCAUAACCGCAGUCAUAACUCCCCUCUUAACCAGCCUGUAUAACACACCGCAAAACAGAUACAUUCACAACACAACGUAUAGAGAGGUAUGGACCACGCAACUUGUCUUAGAAUUAAAUUACAAGUGCAGAGAGUGCGAGAUAUGAGGAUAAUGUAAAAACAUGUUUGCAAUAAAACGUAACUUCUUUAAUGCCUA